AUUGUCAUUUCUUUUCAAAUUCCUUCUUCUUCUGUCUUCUAAAACCCUAGUCGCUCUCGAUCGAGUUGCUUGAUUUUCUCUUUGAGAUUUCGGUCACUGGAAUUAAUCAACCAUGUCGGACCAUUCUGAAAACGCUGAACCGAAAUCGGAGUCUUUGAUCGACAAGAUUGUCGAGAAGAUUCACGAUCACGAUUCAUCUUCAUCGUCAGGAUCAGACUCCGAAACCGAGGGAUCGGCUUCGUCCUCAUCCUUGAAGGAGAAGGUCUUCCGGCUUUUCGGAAGGGAGAGGCCAGUUCAUCAUGUAUUCGGUGGUGGCAAACCUGCUGAUUUAUUCUUGUGGAGGAAUAAGAAGAUCUCAGCCGGUGUUCUUAGUGGAGCCACUAUCAUCUGGGUUUUCUUUGAAUUGCUCGAGUGCCAUCUGCUUACGUUUGUUUCACGCUCUCUGAUCCUCGCUCUUGGGCUCUUGUUCCUUUGGUCUAAUGCCCACACAUUUAUUUACAAGAGUGCACCCCGAAUCCCAGUUGUUCAACUUCCUGCGGACCCCUUUCUGGAGUUUGCUUCAACUUUGAGAGCGGAAAUUAAUUGUGGUAUUGCAUUAUUACGGGACAUUGCAACUGGAAGAGAUUUGAAGAAAUUCAUCACGGCAAUUGCUGCCCUGUGGGUUCUGUCGAUUGUGGGAAGCUGGUGCAAUUUCUUGACGUUGUUCUACAUAAACUUUGUUUUGUUGCACACCGUCCCAGUUGUGUAUGAGAAGUAUGAAGAUAAGAUCGACCCAUUAGCGGAAAAAGCAUUAAUAGAGUUCAAGAAGCACUACGCUGUGUUUGAAGAGAAGGUUCUGAGCAAGAUUCCAAAAGGGCCAUUCAAAGGCAAGAAGGCUUAAACUGGCUUCGGUGUCUUCUUCCCUCACACAAAGCGGUAACCACAUGUUUAUUUAUCUCUCUCGUUGUCUUUAGUUUUAGUUGUUCUUCAAUCAUUGGGGUGGUUUUCGCUAUUUAGUGGGCGUGUUCUUCAGGUGUUGAAUUUGUAAGUUAUCAAUUGUAUGAAACUUUUUUGAAGAGAGUACUUUGGUUUGUGUUAUUAGCUAAUACACAUUUUGUUCCCUUUGUUCCAAUAUGAGCCGUUUAUUUUAACAUUUAA